ACAUCACCUCUCCUGCUGUCCAGGCAAAACUGCAUUUGCAUCUAGCCGAGCCAGUGGUAAACACUGAGAGUGUGACAAGUGAGACCAGCUGACCCGUGAGAGAAGCGACCGACACUAGCAACCAAGAAUGGCGGCGCAUCAUCUCCUCCUCCUGCUCGCCGCGCUUCUCCCAGCGGCGGCCACAGCGGACCCCGACGCCGUGCAGGACUUCUGCGUGCCGGACGCCGGGCGCAGCCGGCCCGUGGAGCUCGCUCUGCUCCCGUCCUACCCGUGCAGGAGCCCCGCCAACCUGACGGCGAGCGACUUCACCUUCUCCGGCGUGCGCUCUGCGGGCAACUUCUCCGCGGACACGGGCUUCGCGGGGGUGUCCGUGACCCCGGCCCAGUUCCCGGCGCUGCACACCCUCGGCAUGUCCUUCGCCCGCGCCGACCUCUCCGCGGCGGGGGGCGUCAACCCGCCGCACUACCACCCGCGCGCCACCGAGACGGCGCUCGUCCUCGCCGGCCGCGUCUACGCGGGGUUCGUUGACUCGGGCGGACGCAUCUUCGCCAAGGUUCUCGAGAAGGGGGAGGUUAUGGUUUUCCCGCGGGGCAUGGUGCACUUCCAGAUGAACGCCGGCGACGAGCCGGCCACGGUCUACGGCAGCUUCAACAGCGAGAACCCAGGCAUCGUGCGCAUCCCGGCGACCGUGUUCGGGUCCGGGAUCAAGGACGGCGUGCUCGAGAGGGCAUUCGGGCUCACACCGGCGGAGCUCCGGCGGCUUGAGAAGAGGUUCGGGCCGCCCAAGACCAAGACGGCGGAGAUGGAGGAUUAGCUAGUUACACUACUCUAAGCUGAUUGAUCGGCCAUGGCGGCCGUGCGCGAUUAAUUACUAGUUUACAGAUAGACCUUGUGAGUUGGAAUAUAUUUCUUUUGAUUUGUUAAUGUUGCAUGAAUUAUUUGGCGGUGGUUGUUAA